UUCAAAGCAAAGGAAGUCAAUCUAAGCAGGCUCAUCAUUUUGAUUGCAAAAGAUCAGUCCAACUGUUUAACUAUGCUAGAGUACCAACUUGGCAGGAGCAGAAAAAAGUAGAUAAGGCCUCCCUUCCCCACAACGUUGGAAGAAAAUUAAGAAAAUCUAUCCAUGGAAGAAGUAAAGCUACUUGGAUUCUGGCCAAGUCUAUAUGUUCAUCGAGUUAUAUGGGCACUGAAACUCAAGGGUAUCAAAUAUGAAUAUGUAGAACAGGAUGUAAUAUUCAAAAAGAGUGAUAUGCUUUUGAAGUACAACCCAGUCCAUAAGAAGGUUCCUGUACUUAUUCAUGGUGGAAAACCCAUCACAGAAUCCAUUGUCAUCCUCGAGUACAUUGAUGAGACUUGGCCACAGAACCCCUUGCUUCCAGAUGAUCCUCAUGAGAGAGCUGUGGCUCAGUUCUGGGCAAAGUUUGGAGAGGAUAAGACCAACAACUUGUUUGGCUUCUUUAUAACUGGUGGACAAGAACAAGUGAAAGCAACAGAAGAAGUGAAAGAACUUCUGGGAAUCCUAGAAGCACAUGGUCUUGGAGAGAAGAAGUUUUUCGGUGGCAGUGACAUAGGACUGGCUGACUUAGCGUUUGGAUGGAUAGCUUGCUUGCUGGAAAUCUUUCAAGAAGCAGCUGGGGUCAAAGUGUUGGAAGCUGAUAGCUUCCCUCGCUUACAGGCAUGGAUCAAAAACUUCAAUGAAAUUCCAGCCAUUAAAGAAAGCCUUCGCGAUCGCAAUGAGCUGUUGACAUAUUUCAAAUGGCGAAGAGAACACUUGAUGUCCUCAGCAGCAUCAUAAACAUAUUAAACACUACUCGCAUCAGCUUGGUCUGCAAUUCAACAGCUUGUGUGCUCUCAUUCUCUGAAUCUAAAUCUCAAGAUAUGUUAUUCUACAAAUAAGUUUGUGUGUCUGAGUGCAAAAGACAUGGCAGUGUGACUGGUAAUUUACUAGAUGUAUAAUGCUACAAGUAGAGGCUUGCAAUUAUUGAUUUUUUUCAAUUUGAAAGUUAUAAAAUUCAACCUA